AGCAGUGUAAGACUGGAAACAUCUGGGCUGAAUGGACUUUAGCAUCAAAAGAAGUUCUCAACUGUUAACUCGAAAAAUUAACUACAUCAAAAUGAAGCAGGUACCAGAGAUCCUUGGAAAUACCAAUGGGAAAACUCAGAAUUGUGAAGUGAAUCGUGAGUGUUCUGUCUACUUGGGCAAAGCACAACUUUCUGCCACUCUACAAGAAGGUGUCAUGCAAAAAUAUAAUGGCCAUGAGGCUCUUCCAUUUAUUCCAGCUGAUAAAUUGAAAGAUCUAACAUCUCGUGUGUUUAAUGGUGAGUCUGGGGCCCAAGAUGCCAAGCUGCGCUUUGAAACCCAGGAAAUCAAGGGAGUUGGAACACCACCCAACACCACUCCUAUCAAGAAUGGCUCUCCAGAAAUAAAGCUGAAAAUCACUAAAACCUACAUGAAUGGAAAACCUCUUUUUGAAUCUUCCAUUUGUGGAGACAAUGGUGCAGAUGUGUCUCAGUCAGAGGAAAAUGAACAGAAGCCGGCAAACAAGGAGAGGAGAAACAGAAAAAGAAGCAUAAAAUAUGACUCCUUACUUGAGCAGGGUCUUGUUGAAGCAGCACUAGUAUCAAAGACUUCAAGCCCCACUGAAAAGAAGGCUCCUGCUAAGAGAGAUCCAACUCAAAGUACUGUCAAAGAAGACAAAGUCCAUCUGUUGAAGUAUAAUAUAGGAGAUCUAGUAUGGUCAAAAGUGUCUGGUUUCCCAUGGUGGCCAUGUAUGGUUUCUGCUGAUCCUGUUCUCCAUUCCUACACUAAACUAAAAGGACAGAAAAAGAGUUUUCGUCAAUAUCAUGUUCAGUUUUUUGGAGAUGCCCCAGAGCGAGCCUGGAUAUUUGAGAAGAGCCUUGUCCCCUUCAAAGAAAAAGACCAGUUUGAACAAUUAUGCCAGGACAGUGCAAAACAAGCGCUCACUAAAGCAGAGAAAAUAAAGAUGUUAAAGCCUGUUUCAGGGAAACUGCGGCCACAGUGGGAGAUGGGUGUUAAGCAAGCAAGUGAAGCAGUAGGCAUGGCAGUGGAAGAAAGGAAGGCCAAGUACACCUUCAUCUAUGUUAGGGACAGACCUCAUCUGAAUCCUCGAGUGGCAAAGGAAGUUGGCGUUGCAGUGGAACCCUUAGAGGAGAUAGAUGAGACAUCUUACGAAGAAACCGCUCAAAAUCUGAAGUCGAUGAAAGAGUCUGGCAUUCCUAACAAGAGGAGGAGAAGGACAUCAAAAUUAUUGGCCACUGAUGAUAUGCAAGAAAGCAGUCAGUUGGAGACUCAGAAUACUACUCCUCAAAAGUCGUCUGAACAGGCAGAAUCCAAAAGAGGGAUAGGCUCCCCUCUCAACAGAAAGAAAACUCCAACAUCUACUCCACGAAGCAGAAAAGGCGAUGCAGUUUCUCAGUUUUUGGUCUUUUGUCAGAAGCACAGAGAUGAGGUGGUUGCUGAACAUCCAGAUGCUUCGAGUGAGGAGAUUGAAGAAUUACUCGAAUCGCAGUGGAAUAUGCUUAGUGAAAAACAGAAAGCUCGCUAUAACACAAAGUUUGCCAUAGUGACCUCUCCCAAAUCUGAAGAAGACUCUGGUAACUUACAUGGAAAUAAAAGAAACCAAAAAAAGAGGACAAAGGAACCUACAGAAGAUUUUGAAGUUCAGGAGGCACCUAGGAAAAGACUCAGGAUGGAUAAACAGAAUAAUCGGAAGAGGGAGACAAGCAAUGACAAAACAGCAAAAACAAACUCUUCUAAGGUCACAGAAACCUCCUCUUCACAAAAGAACCAGUCAGCAACGAAAAAUCUGUCUGAUGCAUGUAAACCUCUGAAGAAGCGAAAUCGGGCUUCAGCAGCAGAAUCUUCAACUCUUGCUUUUAGCAAGAGUUCAUCUCCUUCAGCUUCCUUAACUGAGAAUGAGAUCUCCGAUGGCCAAGGAGACGAGCGCUCAGAGUCUCCCUAUGAAAGUGCUGAUGAAACUCAGACUGAAGUGUCUAUAUCAUCCAAAAAAUCUGAGCGAGGAGCAGGAACAAAAAAAGAAUAUGUGUGUCAGCUGUGUGAAAAAACAGGUGAUCUCCUACUGUGUGAAGGACUUUGCUAUCGAGCUUUUCAUGUAAGCUGCCUUGGGCUCUCUGGAAGACCAGCAGGAAAAUUCAUUUGUAGUGAAUGUACAUCAGGUGUGCAUACGUGUUUUGUGUGUAAAGAGAGAAAGGCAGAUGUGAAACGCUGCGUCGUGUCCCACUGUGGGAAAUUCUACCACGAAGCUUGUGUCAAAAAAUUUCAUCUCACUGUCUUUGAGAAAAGGGGGUUUCGAUGUCCUCUCCACAGCUGCCUAAGUUGUCAUGUUAGUAACCCCUCACAUCCACGAAUUUCAAAAGGAAAGAUGAUGCGCUGCGUGCGCUGCCCCGUGGCCUAUCACGCCGGCGACGUCUGCAUUGCGGCGGGAUGUGCCGUCAUCGCCUCCAACAGCAUCGUCUGCACCAACCACUUCACUGCCACCAAGGGGAAGAGUCACCACGCCCACGUCAACGUCAGCUGGUGCUUCGUGUGCUCCAAAGGAGGGAGCUUGUUGUGCUGUGAGUCAUGUCCUGCAGCCUUUCACCCAGACUGCUUGAACAUUGAGAUGCCAGAUGGGAGCUGGUACUGCAAUGACUGCAGGGCAGGGAAGAAGCUUCAUUUCCAGGAUAUUAUUUGGGUUAAACUGGGAAAUUACAGAUGGUGGCCUGCAGAAGUUUGCCAUCCGAAAAACGUUCCCCCAAAUAUUCAGAAAAUGAAGCAUGAAAUCGGAGAAUUUCCUGUGUUUUUCUUUGGUUCUAAGGAUUACUACUGGACUCACCAAGCACGGGUGUUCCCUUAUAUGGAGGGAGACAGAGGGAGUAGAUAUCAGGGAAUCAAAGGAAUUGGAAAAGUCUUCAAAAAUGCUUUGCGAGAAGCUGAAGCUCGAUUUCGAGAAAUAAAGCUGCAGCGAGAAGCCAAAGAGAGCCAAGAAAGUGAACGUAAACCUCCACCUUACAAGCAUAUUAAGGUGAAUAAACCUUGUGGUAAAGUCCAGAUAUAUACUGCUGACAUUUCUGAGAUUCCCAAGUGCAACUGCAAACCCACAGAUGAAAACCCCUGUGGCUUUGACUCCGAGUGCCUGAAUCGGAUGCUGAUGUACGAGUGCCAUCCCCAGGUUUGUCCAGCAGGAGAACGGUGCCAAAACCAGUGCUUCACAAAACGUCAAUACCCUGAGACCAAGAUCAUCAAAACUGAUGGGAAAGGGUGGGGUCUGGUCGCCAAGAGGGACAUUAAAAAGGGAGAGUUUGUAAAUGAGUAUGUGGGUGAGCUGAUUGAUGAAGAGGAAUGUAUGGCAAGAAUCAAAUAUGCACAUGAAAAUGAUAUUACCCACUUCUAUAUGCUUACUAUUGAUAAGGACCGUAUUAUUGAUGCUGGCCCCAAAGGGAACUAUUCUCGUUUUAUGAACCACAGCUGCCAACCAAAUUGUGAAACCCUGAAGUGGACAGUGAAUGGAGACACUCGUGUGGGCUUGUUUGCUGUCUGUGAUAUUCCUGCAGGGACAGAGCUGACUUUUAAUUACAACCUUGACUGUCUGGGCAAUGAAAAAACAGUCUGCAAAUGUGGGGCCCCAAACUGCAGUGGAUUUCUUGGAGACAGACCAAAGAAUUCUUCCACUAAUGCCUCAGAAGAAAAAGGCAAAAAGACCAAAAAGAGAACACGGAGACGCAGAACGAAAAAUGAAGGGAAGAAAGAAUCUGAAGAUGAUUGUUUCCGUUGUGGUGACGGAGGGCAGCUGGUGUUGUGUGACAGGAAAUCCUGUACUAAAGCUUAUCACCUCUCCUGUCUUGGCUUGGUGAAACGUCCUUUUGGGAAGUGGGAGUGUCCUUGGCACCACUGUGAUGUUUGUGGCAAACCUUCCGUUUCCUUCUGCCACUUCUGCCCAAAUUCUUUCUGCAAGGAGCACCAAGAUGGGACAGUACUCAAUUCUAUGCUGAAUGGACAUUUAUGCUGCUCUGAACAUGUUCUUGGGGUGGAUUCUGUUGAAACUCAGAAGACUGAGAAACCCCGCAAAAAACUAAACAAGUUGAAGCCUAAGAGGAAGCAGAGGAACAGAUGGAUGAGAGCUGAAUGCAAAUAGUCAUGGACUGCAGUUUCUACUGCCAACACUAUCUUGUAGAUAAGUUGUGAAUAUGACCAGGGAAGGACACAAUUUUACAUACACUCUGUAAAGGUUACAUGGGGCUGGGGGGGGA